AUGUCUGAACUCAAACCCAUCACGGUAUAUGUUCACAGUGCUGGACCCAACCCUUUCAAGGUAAUUAUCGUGCUGGAAGAACUUUCUGUCCCGUACACGAAGAUUGUUGUCGAUGACCCGAAAGAGGAUUGGUUUGUUGCAAUCAAUCCUAAUGGUAGAGUACCCGCUAUCAAAGACCCAAACAGCAACAUCGUCCUCUGGGAGUCUGGAGCCAUUAUGGAAUAUCUUGUUGAGACCUACGACGUUGACAAAAGGUUGUGCGGUGCAAGCCCUGCGAGCAAAUGGGAGAUCAAGCAGUACCUACACUUCCAAAUGUCUGGUCAGGGCCCUUAUUAUGGCCAAGCUAUGUGGUUCCACAAAUGUCCUCAAGACAUCCCUAUUGCGAAAGAACGCUAUGUAAACGAGAUAAUCCGAGUUAUCAGUGUUCUCGACAACAUCCUGGAAGGCAAGAAAUAUCUUGUUGAUGACAAACUGUCAGUGCUGACGUUAGUGGAUAAAUCUACCAGUGAGGCUAAUGGACGCAUCGAACAGUACCCUAGCUUUUCAGCUUGGCAUGAACGACUCAACAACCUUUCAUCUGUAAGGACUGCCUACGAAUAG